AAGAAGAAGAAGAAGAAGAAGGAGGCGGAGGAGGCGGAACUGAGUCAACAGAGCAAACACACGAAACACACAGACAUUAAUCUCUGCGAGUCUGAAACUGUGCUGUUUAUCUCAUUGUGAUGCGUCCCGCUGAAUGAGUGUGUGUGUGUGAUCCCGGGCUGAAGGAGUGUGUGUGUGUGAUCCCGGGCUGAAGGAGUGUGUGUGUGUGAUCCCGGGCUGGAGGACAUGAGCAGCAGUGAUGGCUCCGGACGAGGACUCUCUGAUUGAAGGAGUGAGUGACUCUGUCCUGCUCGUGCUGGUGCUCAGUGGCUCCUUUCUGCUCGGUCUGGCCACGCUGCUCUGCAGGAAUGAGCAGCAGAGGAUUCACCCGGAGAAUCAGGAGCAGGUGCGUGUGGUCCGAGAGCAGCUUCAGUCAGAACAGGGGACGUCUCCGGAGCCCAGGCAUCAGUUCUACUCGGACAUGUCGUGUCCCGUGUGUCUGCAGCAGGCCGUUCUGCCCGUGGAGACCAACUGUGGUCAUCUGUUCUGCGGGCCGUGCAUCAUGGCCUACUGGCGCUACGGGACGUGGCUCGGUGCCAUCAGCUGCCCCAUCUGCAGACAGACGGUGACCCUGCUGUUCCCGCUCUUCCAUGACACGGAGCACAGCGCUCCGACUCAGGACGGACAGGUCGAACCCGCACAGAUCCUCAGAGACAUCCACGACUACAACCGGCGCUUCUCCGGACAGCCGCGCUCCCUGCUGGACCGUCUGCUGGACGUCCCCACGCUGCUGCGGCACGCCUUCAGAGAGAUGUUCUCCGUCGGGGGUCUGUUCUGGAUGUUCCGGAUCCGGAUCCUGCUGUGUGUGCUGGGAGCGCUGACGUACCUGGCGUCGCCGCUGGACUUCAUCCCCGAGGGAGUGGUGGGGCUGCUGGGCUUCAUGGACGACUUCUUCGUCAUCCUGCUGCUCUUCAUCUACAUCUCCAUCAUGUACCGCGAGGUGGUGACGCAGCGGCUGGCCACAUGAGCGUCUGAUCUGUGCUGAAGACUCAGACCUGUCCUGUUCUGAGCUCCGCGCAGGGUGAAGAGCAACACACACACACACACACACACUAUUACAGACGUGUUUAAUAUGACACAACUGAAACAUGAUAAACGCUUGUCGUCUCACACGUUUUCUCUUCAGAUGGUGUCAUUCAAACAUUAAAGAAAGAUUCUAUGAGUUCA